AUUCUUAGAAAAUAUUUGUAGCCAAUGUAGCUUUUGCUCAUGAAAUUUACAAGGAAAAUUUAAAGUUACGCAGGACCUGAGCAAGAUUAUAAGUUUAAGAUAAAUCCGUAAUCAUUCCAUUGUUUUGUUAAGCAUUAACUUUAGUGUAAUGAGGUCACCAUUGUCCGGUUAUCGCUAAACAAACCUUAGGCUUUAUGCCAGUGUAUAGAUUCAGUUGUAGCAGUAUUUAACGAUCACCUAAGCCUGACAGACGCCUGAAGAUGAAGUUCGCCGAGCAUUUAAGUGCCCAUAUAACGCCGGAAUGGCGUAAACAAUAUAUCAACUACGAGGAAAUGAAGGCCAUGUUAUACACAGCGGUAGAGGAAGCCCCAUCAGCCGAAAAUGUGGAGCCUGAGGUGUUGUCCCGACAUUUUGCCAAUUUUGAUGAGACCUUCUUCCUCUAUUGUGACCAGGAGCUUAAGAAAAUCACUACAUUCUACUCAGAAAAACUAGCAGAAGCAACGAGAAAAUUUGCCACAUUACAGAGUGAGUUGAAAAGUCAGUUUGAUACUAUGAAACCCAAAGCAGGUGGGGACGGCAAGAAAGCACCCAUACCUCGACGGAAGGUCCAAGAGCUCAAAUUGGCGUUCAGCGAGUUUUAUCUCAGUUUGAUUCUGCUGCAGAACUAUCAAAAUUUGAAUUAUACAGGGUUUAGGAAGAUAUUAAAGAAGCAUGAUAAGUUAUUAAACGGCACAAACGGCGCCCAAUGGCGAGCCGAACACGUCGAGACAUCCCAUUUCUACACCAACAAAGACAUAGAUAGACUGAUCAGCGACACAGAAGCGACGGUGACCAACGAGCUAGAGGGUGGUGACCGUCAGAAGGCUAUGAAAAAGCUGAGGGUUCCACCGCUUGGCGAGCAACAGAGUCCGUGGACUACGUUUAAAGUCGGGCUGUUCUCAGGCUCUUUCAUAGUGCUGUUCAUCACUGUUGUACUAUCUGCACUAUUCCAUGAGGGCGGCACAGACAACUUCAAAACAGCAUUCAGACUCUACAGAGGCCCAUUCCUCCUAGUCGAAUUCAUCUUCCUAAUAGGCAUCAACGUCUAUGGAUGGCGGUCGUCAGGCGUCAACCACGUACUAAUAUUCGAACUAGACCCAAGAAAUCAUUUAUCAGAACAACAUUUAAUGGAAUUAGCAGCAAUAUUCGGUGUAGUUUGGGCUUUAAGUAUACUCAGCUUUAUAUAUAGUGCGAGUUUGAGUAUACCGCCUUUUGUGAAUCCGUUGGCGCUGGUGAUUAUAAUGCUGGCGUUUUUGGUGAAUCCGUUGAAGAUGUUUCGGCACGAGGCGAGGUUCUGGUUUUUGAGGAUAUGUGGCCGUAUCCUAGCCGCUCCGUUCAUGCCAGUACUAUUCGCGGACUUCUGGCUGGCGGACCAGUGGAACUCUUUCGCCGUGGCCUUCCUUGACUUCCACUACUUGGUCGCGUUUUACGUGGCGGGCGGAGAUUGGUUCAAAGUUAAUGAUAUCGCUUCUUCUGCUACCCCAUUAAACGCAUUUGAAUCAACAAAAUGGUUCAUCAUAACCCGCGCACUAGUAAGCAUAGUGCCCGCUUGGACUCGCUUCGCGCAAUGUCUCCGGCGUUACCGGGAUAGUCGGGAAGCAUUCCCACAUUUACUAAACGCGGGGAAAUAUUCCACCACGUUCUUUGUGGCGUUGUUUACUACACUACGAUUAUUCUAUGCAGACAAUUACCAAGACCAAUACGACAACCCGUUUCUAUACGCGUGGUUCGUAUGCCAGCUGAUAUCCUCGCUGUACACGUACACGUGGGACGUGAAGAUGGAUUGGGGCCUGUUCAGCUGUCCACCCACGGCCGAGAAUCGAUUCCUGCGAGAGGAAAUCGUAUAUAAUCCAGGCUUCUACUAUUUCGCGAUAGUGGAGGAUUUUGUGCUGCGUUUCAUCUGGAUCGUUUCAUUCCUGUUGACCGAUAACGGUUUUGUGUCUAAUGAGACUAUGGUCUCCGUUCUAGCGCCGUUGGAGGUGUUCAGACGAUUCAUCUGGAACUUCUUCCGCCUGGAGAACGAGCACCUGAACAACUGCGGUAAAUUCCGAGCCGUCCGGGACAUCUCCGUGGCACCGCUGGACUCGUCCGACCAGGCCGACAUCAUCAGGAUGAUGGACCAUCCAGACGGCGUUGUUAAUAGGUUAACAAAGAAGAAGAACAUGAAGAAGGCUAAAGAGCUGGACCUGCGGCCGCUGAUCAAGAAGGAGUCCAUCCAAGACCUGCAGCUGGAGCUCUCCGCCAAGAUGCUGUAACCCACUGUGAUACACGACACAUAGUAUUAUUACUAAUUAUCAUUAUAUUUAUAGAAAUCAUUUA